AUGCUUAAUAUACCCGUUUAUGAUCCAGAAUCUAAACGAACUGUACUCCAAGAAGAUCGAGCAACAGAAUCUACAAUAAAACAACGUCUUGGGCGAUUAGGCCGAACACAACCUGGCGAAUAUUAUUCAUUAAAAUCACCAUUGAAGCAAGAAUUACACUAUAUGAAACAGUUCUUUCCAGAUCCUUCACGAAAUAACACAAUUGAUCAAGCUGUUAAAAUAUUACGAGCAUUAGCAAAAGAUCUCAGUGCUAUUCAUCAUAUUCUUCGACAAGCAUUGAGACGAUAUGUAAGUUUAGAAAGAUCUUUUAAUUCAUUAGUUGAAUAUCGUACAAAAUCACAAAUUACAUCUGGUGAUUGGCCAUCGAUCGCUAAAUCAUUAUUAGCUGGAUAUUACGAAAAUGUUUUUAUUUCAUUAAAAGAAAUAUAUGGAAGAAAUCAUCAUUAUGUUCAAUAUGAUUCAACUGAGCAAAAUAUUGUUGUCUUAGAUUCACAAUCCACUCUUGCUUGA